UAUAGGUCAAUAUAAGUAAUGUGCAGUGUGCACAUGACUUUUUUUUUUAUCAGAUGAUAAUAAUUUGAUUUUUGAUAAAGCUAUACAAUUUGAUUGAACUUUGGAUUCUUAAGAUUAUCACAAUUCACCAAGAUGCACUGGAUUACAAGCACAUUUAUAAUACUUGUGUGCACAUUUCUGAAAGCAAGGAGUUUUUUAUUUUAUGGAAAAACCAAUGUUACAUCGCCAUCUAAUGGAAAUUCUGAUCCUGAUGUAUAUAACCAACUUCUUCAUCUGGAAAAAGUGUUUGGAUUCUAUAUUGAGGGAUCAAAGGCAACAAGCUCUAAAAAAAUCAACAAUUUCUACGACAGCAAAAGUUAUUAGAGGAAGAAAAUCACACAGCCCAAAUGAAGAUAUCAUUUUUAGAAAGUGAGAACAAAAUCCUGAUGAAAAGAUUAGACAACUUGAAUUCAUCAACUAUAUCACAGGAUGAAAAACUUUAUAAUUUAACUUCAACAUCAACAUUUUUGUUUCAAGAGAAUAAAAUUCUGAAAGAUCACAUUCAGAUUUUGAACUCUACUUCCAUGCUUAUGCAAAAAACUUGACAACAUCAGAAGACUUAAAAAGACUGGAGAACAACUUCACCUUUGAACUUGAGCAGACGAUCAGAGACAGUGAAGAAGAAAUGAUGAAGAACAUGUCUACCACAGUCACAGACCUGGAACUACGAGACCGAUAUUUAUCACUUUCUUUGCUCGAUUUACACAACAACUUGACUUCGAUUAACAUCACACUUUUAAAGCUUAUUCAACAGCAGAAGACACGUGAAGAAAAGCAGAAUAUAACAAUUCAACAUUUAUCACUUUCUCUACUCGAUGUACACAAGAAAAAAGCAGUAUUAUCGUCUUCUCUUUCUAAUUUGGAUGCGCAGCAGAAACAGAUGAAGAGUGAGAUCCAAACACUGACAAAUGCACAGCAAAAGGACAUUACCAAACUGAAUCAUACAAUUAUCCAUCUGAAGAAUCGUGCUCAAUCCAAUGUAGCUUUUACAGCUGGAAUUUUAGGGGAGACCAACGGACAACAUACAUACAGAGGUACUGUUAUCUUCCCAACAGUCAUUUACCAGGUGGGAGGAGGAUACAACCCCACAACAGGAAUAUUUACUGCCCCAAAAGCAGGUCUUUACAUCAUAUUCUGUACUAAUGUUGCAUUUUACGAUGAAUCAUUCUGGACAAAAAUAAUGGUAAACGGUUCAGUUCAGGCAGGAGCCAUGGCUUAUGUGAGUGGAUCUGCUAAUACCUAUCAGUCUGCCUCUAACCUUGUUGUCCACAAGUUACAGGUGGGGGACAGGGUCUGGAUAGAAAUUUCUAUUGGUACUCAUCUUUUCCAGACACAACGUUUUCUGUCAUCAUGAUCAAUGGAUCAGACUAAAACUAUUUCUGAUAAUAUGAUUAUUUUCAGAGUCAUUAGUAUUCUAUACAAUCUUGAC